UUUAUGCAGUCUAGAAGACCUGAAUAAGCAUGAAUAUUCAUUAAUUACAAUGAAUUAUGGCUCACCUGCUUGAUCGAGUGCUUGUAGAACGCCUGAGGAGCCUUCGGUAGUUGUUCGCACGAACGGAGGAGGAACUUGUACAGCUGCUUCGGUGUCUUCACUGUUUGCUGGAACAGUGAACCGCUCAUUGUGACUUUUUCAUUAGUUUUUUGCUGAGGGAAUUAAUUAUUACUGCAGGAAAAGAACUCGAACGUUCAGGGGACUCGAGACGUUUUUGCAGUUUUUUGGAGCUUUAUUGUUGCCUCUAUUUCCGGAGCAGAAUCGUCAGCUGAUUGGUCAGACCUAACCCUAACAGGACUUUAAUAAUGGAAGGACUCGCUCUGUCAUGAGAGUCGUCAAUGUCUGCAGUAAUGAGUGGAGGUCAUGGACUCGUCGUGAUAAAAAUGAUAAAAUAGUCGCAAUAUUCGGUAGUUUUCUCUCUGUGAGUCAGUGGAUCGAGUGUUGAAGAUGUUGCAAAUCUGUCAGUACUUGCUUCGUAAUUUAUCAGUCAGUAAUCUCAGGACAUACGCCAGUAUUGCUGCAAGGUCAUUCAGUAGAUCUAGGACCAAACCCAAUGCCGGAUUAAUUAUAAUUGGAGAUGAGAUUUUAAAAGCCCAAGUGAAGGACACAAAUUCCUUCUUCAUAUGCUCAUUACUCUGGGAAUGUGGCGUUAAGGUCGAGAAAAUCUCAGUGAUAAGUGACGAUGUGGACACAAUAGCGAAAGAGAUAACAGAUUUCUCUGAGAAGUACAGAUACGUGAUAACUUCCGGGGGAAUUGGACCGACUCACGAUGACAUGACCUUCGAGGGGCUGGCGAAGGCCUUCAACGACUCUCUGCACUGUCAUCCAACGAUUGUGGACAUUGUCAAGGAUGUUUACAGGACAGAGGACCAGAAUUCGCCGGCUUUCAAGAUGGCUCAUGUCCCCAGGAAGGCUGUGCUGAGGUUCGGGAAGAACCAGGAGACUGGGGAGGCCCUCAAAUUCCCUUGUGUCAACGUCGAGAAUGUUUAUGUGUUUCCAGGGUCUCCAGUGUAUUUGGAGAAAUUAUUUAAGAGUCUCUGCAGGGAAUUAUUCAGAGGAGAAAAGAAAUUCGUAAAGAGGGAAUUAUUUCUGGAUGCUAAAGAGGAGUCUUUUGCAGAUGCUUUAACAAAAGUGGCCAGAGAAUUUCCAAAUGUUGCUUUUGGCUCUUAUCCUAUCACUGGUGAAAGCUAUUACAAGGCGAGAGUGACGAUAGAGAGUGACAACGAGGCUGAAACAUUAAAAGCCCAGGAGAGAUUCAGUAGUUUAGUCCCACGAGAGGUUUUCAUAAAUUACGACAAACAUCCUCACAUCGACGCCCAUGAAAAAUUCUCAGCAUUCAUGGAAAGUUGUCAGGGCGAAAUUUACCAGAAGACUCUGGAGGACCUCAGGAAACUCUACGAGAAGUCGAAUGAAGUAGCAAUUUGCUUCGAUGGGAGCAUAGAGUCCACAGUGCUUCUUCACUUGGCUCACAUAGCACAGAUGCAAUUGGGGAAUUCCUCCAAAAUUAAUUUAAUAAUGUUUAGACAUGAGGAGUGGUUUCCUGAAGUUGAGAACUUCAUCAAGGAUAUUACAUCGAGAUACAAUCUCAACAUAAUAACCCUGAACCAGCUUCCCCAGGAGGGAGCGAAGAGCCUGGAAGCAUCUCACCCAGAUAUAAAAAUUUUACUACUGGGAAUAAAAUCGAGGAAUAAAGAUAGCGGGCUGUAUCACAGUCUUGCUAGACAGACGGGCAUCGCAUCAAUGGUUAUUAAGUGUCCCUUGAACGGAUGGACAGUCGACAGUUUAUGGACAUUAGCAAGAUCUCUCAGUCUACCAUAUUGCUCGUUAUACGACAAAGGAUACACCUGCGUAGGUGGUCGUAAGGGUACAAAGCCCAAUGUGAAUUUAAUAACUGGAGAUAAGGAAACAUGUCAACCAGCCUGGAAAUUGAAUAGUGGAGGGAAAUAAUGGGGAAUCGUCUUUCAUCGGUUUGUUAUUAAUUAUUUUGGGAGGUGAUAACGUUAACUUAUAGCUCUGAAACCAGUGGGUUCAUAUGAAAAUGUCGGAAGAUAUUUUUGUAGAGCAUUUUAUAAACGAAAAGGAAAGAUUAAUGAUUUUUUUAAAAAUAAAUGUCAUUUUUUUUUCAUUUUUA